GAGUUUCACCAUUUGGAGAUGGUGGUAAUGGAGUGGUGAGAGAAGCGCAAGCGCAGAGGUAGUGUAGCUGUUGCAGUGGCUGGUGCAGGACGUGUGUUGUACUCACUCCCGGGUUCCUAACAUUACUUUUGAGGUGGUGAUGGUGGUGAGUGUUGCUGAUGCAGGGGGUGGAGGGGUUGCUCGCACCCCCAGUCUGGCUCAUUAUCCAUCCCAGUAUACUCCCCAGUUUACUGGACCAAACAAGUACCUUCCCAAGGGGGACUAUCCUCCUGGCUACGACAGUGAUUCCAACAGUGACCACAGCAGCAGUGGCCGGGGCAGUGGCGGCAGUGACUUGGGCAGUGAAGUGGACAGGGAGGGUUAUCGUCAGGACAGUGGGAGGUACAGCGCUGACGGGUGUGAGGGGGAGCAGUCGUCCAUCACUACCCUCAACCAAGACCUGCAUAACACUCGUCCUACCUCCAACAUCAAAGACAAGAACAACCAUCCCAGGGAAAGCGCUGCCCACAACCACAGUGGCACCCAAGAACAAAAGGAGCAAAUUAAGGGACACAGGACUGUGGCUAGGAGUGUGCCUGUCACUCACCCUCCCGUUGACGCCCCGCUCUGUGGUCAGUGUGCCAGGAAGGACCUCUCCUUCUUCGACCCUGGGUGUAGCGGCUGCUCAGGGCUCCUGCGCAGAUCCACCACCACCCCGUCACACCUUUUCGCCGUCAUGAGGCAGUGGGUGCCCCAGGUCCAACACAACAUACACCAGCUGAUUGGCCAGGUGCUGACCAUGGGUUGCCACGUGGAUGACAGAGAUGCCCUCACUGACAUGACACUGCUUCACUACGCAGUCAAGGCAGGAAGUAACGGCGUCGGCGACCCCGCCACUGCUCUGCAGGUGGUGAAGCAACUAGUGCUCGAUGGUGCUGAUGUCCACCAGAGAUGCCGGUGGACCCACAUGACGGCCCUGCACUAUGCUGCUUACUUCGAUGUGGCACCCGUACUCGAUCUACUGUUGCAGGACCCCCAAGGAGUGUGUAUCAAUGACGCUUGCCUUGAGUACUCUGGUGGAGCUCCACUGCACAUCGCUGCUGCCAACCUGAGCCUGGCGGCGGUGCGGGUUCUUCUGAAGCAUGGCGCCCUCAUCACCCUCACAGACACUCAGGGACGUACACCAUUCCAGUGUAUCCCGACUCCUGACCAGUAUGAGCUGGUCCCUGAUGUUCAGGAUGUCAUAAGCAACUUGCGUGCUUUGCUCUCCCCCACAUCUUCCCACUUACACUCAGCCUCCCACACCUACACCCACACCAGCAGCAGCAGCAACACCAACACCAACAGCAGCAGCAGCAGUGGCAGCCAGGGGGCAUCGGGCAAGGCGGUGCUUAAAGCGAUGGGGCUCAAGUUAGGUGAUAGAGUUCUCAUUAACGGAAUCAAGACUGGAACACUGAGACAUGGACAGACUUUUAAUAUUAGAGAACUACUGCAAUAUGACUUUUUAGAGAUCCGCAACACGGCCCGCAAGAUAAUGGUGAGCGACCGAGUGUAUGUCGACAUGGGCAUGGGAAGCGGAUCAACACGGGUAGUGACGGGGGUGGUCAGAUACACUGGUGGCGUGCACUUUGCCUCAGGCUUCUGGGUGGGUGUUGAGCUCGAUGUUCCUCGAGGUACCAACGACGGCUCUGUCAACGGCAGCAGAUACUUCAGCUGCAAGGCACACCACGGCAUCUUCGCCUCCCCUUCCAGAAUCAUAAAACUCAGCACUGAACAAGACAUGGAGGGAAGCCAAGACCUGCCCAAUGACUCGUCAGCACUGAGCUUCAGCCGCCACUCCCUCAGUUCAAGUUCCAAUAACACCAUCAACAUGCUCUCUAGUGGUCCUCUUAGCUUGGGUUGCAUGGCUCCCAUGAGUUGCAGUUCCCAUGGCCCCAUAAAUCUAGGUUCCAGUGGUACUAUGGCUGGUGUGGGAGUCAGCUCCAAAAUAAACCUAGACUCAAAUAAUGUAACGACAGUUAAUAUAAAAGACUCUUGUUCGACCUGCUCAUCAUCCCGUCAUCUUCUUGAUACCCAAACUCAGGGGUCACCAAAGAAGACCCAGCUGGUGAAGACAGCCCUUUACCCGACCAACACAACCAUGACUAGCCUUAACAGAUCUUUCUCUGCCCGCUACAUGACAUCGAGACAACGUCAGGAAGAGCUGGAACGUGCUGCAGAGGAUAGGAAGAAGGAACAGACGUGGUGUAACCCGCCACUACUGGCGGCCACACCUAAGUUACAACGCAAGAAGCGAGAGAAUCAACACUGGUUAGAGGUUGGCCACAAUGUUUUCUACAAGAACGAAGUCGGUGAGUUGACUGAUGCUGGGAAUAAACAAGCUAAACAUGAUGAAAGUGAGACGACCGUUGGGACGCUUUGCCUGUGGACAGGUUUCUUCAGUCAAUAUACGGGGAUGCGCAAGCAGAUUUAUACAAGCGUAGUCAGAAGAGAGGGUAGACGUGUGGAGGAGUGGCUAGGAGUAGAGCUUCGAGCAGCCAAGGGACGCCACGAUGGGAUGGUUCGAGGACGCCGAUAUUUCACCUGUCGUCCACGCCAUGGUAUUAUGGUCAAGCCCAACAAGGUCCAUGCCAGGGGCAUCAACGGCGCCUUGCUUGUCAGACCUCAAGAUGAAUUCCAAGACUAGUUGAAUGCAACCAAGUUAAGGCUCGAAGAGUAAAGACAAGCCCCAGCAAAAGCACUCUUGACAUAUCUACCCUGCAGUGGAUCAAGACCUAACACUCUCUCCUCAAUACCCUCUUAAUCAAAUUCCUUUCUUCUCCUUUCAUCCCCACUUCAACUCUGGUAAACUGUAAUAUACAUUUUACCUCCUUUAGAUGUGCAUUUACUUGCACCUUUUCUCGAGUUAAUACUGGAAUAAUCUUUACUGUGAACUUGAAACUUGUACUGAGAAAGGAAACGGUAAGAUCAUAAGGAUUAUUCAGGUUACAGGAAUCUGCAAUGCGUAUACCGACAGCAUGUAAAUACAACACUUUUGUGCAACACUAACACAUUUUAUUAGGAAAUAUUUUGCUCCUGGGAGCUUUGUCGAUUGAACACCGAAGAUCUGAGAUAAUCAGUGUAUAUAGGGGAAGAGACGUUAGGUGCAGGAGGCGUCAAGUAACACGGUAUCAGUCGUUACAAUGUUGCAAGCAAGCACGACAGAUCACUGUUGUGGUGCCACUGAUUAUCAUUGCUGCAGCUUCAUGCGACACAGAGUAUGUGUCAGUCAGGAAAUGCUUCUCACUAUAUAAGUGUAAGCUGAGCAUUUCAGGUCCAUCGUCCACAGUAAAAUGACUUUAACAUAUUGGUCAUCUAUCCUAGGAUAGAACCAACUCUCAGAUCAGUAGCAUAGGCUGCACAUCAACUUUACCCUAGAAGUGGAGAGGAGUUAGUUAUAUUUCCUUCACAGUCUGUAGGAUCUCCAGUCUGUCCUUCCUUGAAGAGAGGUGCUCUUAUAUCAUCUCCAGGUUGUUCCAUUUUAUCAGUGGUUGCAAAAAAGCACAAAUCAUUAUGAAUAUAACAGUUUCAAACAACCCAAUUAAAAAGUACAUUGUCCUUCCAUGUAGGGACGUAGCUAGAAAUGUGGCAAGUGUCCUGCCCAAUUAGGAAGGACAACCCCACACUCAUAGAUGCUUGGGCAGGAGUCUCGGUGGCUGUGAUCAAAUAUGUGAGAAAAAAUUAUAUUUGACAGAGACAAUAAAGAGUUUGUAACAGUGCCUUGGAGAACAUAAAUACGCCUGUAACUGGGUCUACAUGAACAACUCGUGCGUGGUUCACCGUAGUUCACAUGACAUCAGAUGAAGUGGGGAGAAGCCAGGCUCAUACAAGGGUAGACUGAUUUGCGGGAAAGGCGCUGCCUUGAGGCAUUGAUUGCUGUUUCUAACACUAGUACAAAAAAUCUGGUAGUCUCAAUAUUUCAAGUGUGUUAAUCAACCUAUUGCUACCCAGCCAGAACAAUGCAGUCAAGUUAUCUGAUUGAAUAUGUUACUGACCUGACGAAUGCUGCACCUGACUUCUCUCCCUAUACAUAUAUAUUUAUAAUCUCUUAUGCCCUGUAUUAGAUUGAGAAAGCUUCCAGGAGCAAAACAUUUCCUUAUAUGUUGUAAUGUUGGACAAAAAUUAUUCAAGUUAGCUAAAGUAAGAUUAGGCAGAACAAACCUAUAAAUAUGCAGAAUGUUUGCCGGUAUAAAAUAAAAAUUAAAUGUGUUGCAUUCACAUGCAUUCCAAUAUCGUGUUUUGUAAACAUAAAAUAUAAAAUACAAGCAAUAACAAUCACUAUUGUACAAGAUUUUUUUUAUUUUAAUGUAAAUACAUUACGUGCUGUAACUCGUACAUAUUGAUGGUGAUACCACUUACAAUCUUCAUCAACUACACAUUACAAUAUCUCGUGUGUUGACAGGCGUGAAGCUUCAUCUGGGUAUUUUGCUGUUAUCACAAUAUAAACACUGCCACAGAUAAUGUAGCCUUCUAGAUGUCAAGAUUUCUCCAUAGAUGAAAUGGCAUAUUGCCAGUAACUUUAAAAAUAAAGACGUAAAUUGCAGAACAAGCUUUAAUUUGGACAACGUUUUCUUUCUGUGUGUGGAGCUUUAUCAAGUCAUCUUGACUUGAUAAAGCUCUACACAGCGAAACGUUGUCCCUCUUCAAGCUUGUUCUGCAACAUGUCUGUCUUCAGUAUUUCCCCAUAUUAGUUUAUUGUUCUUGCACAUAUGUAUAAAUGUGGUUUUGUUACUAGAUAUAUAAUAGAUUUUUACUUUAUUGCUCCCUUUAUAAUUAAGUUAACUAAAAUAUCUCACCUAGAUUUAGCAUCAGGUACUAUGCUUUAAUUAGUGGUAAAGAGUAGUGGGUUGCAAGCAAGUUCCCAGGUAGCGAGGAUCUUGCGUGAACUUAACCUAGACAACUUCAAGAAAGUUAAUGCAUAAUUCAUAUUUACCUAGUGAUUUUUACGUCUAGUUAAUAUGGGAAAGACCCACGGAGUAGUUGUAUUAUCACUGCAUAUUGUAAAUAAUAACGAUUUGAGUUUAUUGUGCACUUUUAAGUUUAGUGUCGCUUACACGGCUUUCUCUGCUAGACCAGAGAGUGUGUGCUACGUGUGACUGUAUAUAUAAUCAAGUUUUGUCAGGUACUUCAAUAAAAGUAUUGCGACGUGAAUUA